AUGACCGGGCCAAAUCUUCACUUGGAUUCUACCGUAGGCUGCUUUUUCAUUGGAACAGUUCUUGCGACCCAAAUCUAUGGCGUCACCUGCGCUCAAACACUGUAUUAUUCUCGGAGGUAUCCCAACGAUCCCUUGUUUCUGAAGGGCCUAGUUGGCGUGCUAUGGGUUCUUGAUUCUGUAGCGACGAUCCUAACCAUAGAGUAUCUCUAUUACUUCCUUGUUGAAGGGCACGGCAAUCCUAUUAAGCUUACGAAUCUACCUGCCACCGGUAUUGUCGAGUAUAUUAUCUCAUCACUCGUUGUUAUCAUUGCACAAUUUUACUAUUUGGCUACGAUCUGGAGAUUGCUCACCGGCAAAUCUUAUCGAUUGGUAUUGACGGUGGUGGCGGUUGCAAUCGCGCUCGUCUCAUGUGCUUGCGGAUUUGGCAAUGCCUAUGAAGCAUUUAAAGAUCCUACCAACCCAGGCGUUUACUCCAAGACCAGGGUUACGGCUUCAAUUCAGCCAGUCACAGCUUCCGUCGUGGAUGUCUAUAUUACAUUGGUUCUUAUUUGGAUCUUGCGAAAGGAGAGGAUAGGCUUCAGAAACAAUGAAAGCGUGGUUCGAAGGCUGAUUUUCUUUAUUGUCAAUCGCGGAAUCUUGACUGCCCUGGUUCAAACUGGGCAGGCUACUGCCUAUCUCGCUGCAAGUACCAAUGUCCUGUAUUGGUCUAUCUUCCAUUUUCCGGGAAGCCAUAUCUACGUGAAUUCCCUGCUUGCCAUGCUCAACGCUCGCCAGAAUAUCAAGGAAGAGAAGGCCAUGGAGAUGAGAUAUAUUGAUAGUAGGACCAGGCCUUCAAUGGAGCCUGUGGUGAUGCUAUCGACUGAGGUUGUUACCGAUAGUGACUCAUUCCAUGGUCGGCCACAUUACUAA